ACCAAUGUAUCCGUGUCGAUUAGCUUAUAACACCACUGAACUUUCGGUUAACGAAAUAAUAAAAGCAAUAGUCCAGACUGCUUAUCAAACAUCUCUCUUUUUGUCAUGCAACCCAUAGGGCAUCCACUUCAUGUGGCAUAUGUUGUUGUUAUAAUCAAAUGGCAUGGACAGUGAAAGUUUAGAUAUGUUGAGUACAACGUCCAAAAACAACAGUAGAACUGCUAAAAUGGCGAUUGAUGAUAGAAAUAGACACAUUUACCUUAGAUAUAGCAGGCAUUACAUGGACUUCGAAUCAAGGCUGCAUGAGUGAACUCGGCAAAAGUUUUCCACAUCAAAUGGUUCAGUGUCCGCACUGCUUGAUCAUAGAUUCCCAAUGCUAAUAACUGUCUGCAUGGUGACCGGCCAAUAGAUUUUACACCUAGCCCAUUUCCAUAUGCCGAGUACUCGCGAACAUGCAAUUCCCAUUCGAAGAAUAUAUUAGAACCUGCACGAGACAUUAUUUGAAUGAUCAACUUUAAUCUCGGUAUCUCAGAACGGGUACCUCUGCAAUGAACCAUCUCUCAUUUUCCCCUAGGAAAGGAAAAAAAGUAAGAGUUGAGUUAGAGAUUGGUUAAGCUACAAGAAUGGAGGAGGACGAGAUUUUUGAUGGGUUGAACAAGAAACUUUUUAAAGCCAUAAUCUAGUGGUCCAGUAAAAACCAUAAUCCAAUGUUCCAAUAUAUCAAUCAUAAAAAAACAUACCAUGUACAUGGCAUUAAACAAAUCCACUGGUGUUGUACCGUCAUCAAUUACCAAACGAGGCACAAGAGCAACUAAAAUAAAGGUGCAAGAUGUGUUGCCUUUCAGAAUAUGUAAGCCUUGUGAAAUUACUCUAGUGGACACACUUUGGCACAAUGCACUCAAUUUUAGAAACCUUUCAAAAGAGCACAUGUCUAUCCCUCCGGUUACAUUUGAUUAUGUAAUAACACUGUUAGCUGAAGGCGAUGGAGCAUCAUCCCCAACCUCUUUAUUCUCCUGAUAUGUUUCCAUCAGGUUGAACUUGUUUCAGAAUUUUAGGAUACCCUAAAAAGGGGAGAUCUUCUUUUCCUUAACUCGUCAGCAUUGGUUGUGGGUUCACAAACGACGUACAGACUGUUGAUCCAAAUUAUGGAAAUAGCAUCAAUUGUUAGUUACCAGGUAUCUAGGUGGAGAUAGAAACAUUGGUUAUAUAGUUAAGUCCAUGAUCGCAUCAGCUAAGAGAGAAUGGGCUGCUUCUAUUUCAGUUAACCAGGAUUUUGUCCAGAUUGAUCAAACUGAACCUUUUUAUCCUAGCUCUCGCUGUGGAAGUGAGGCAGUAGCAGGCACAGCUGGUUUGCCGUCGCUUGCUUCGUCACCAGCCUUGUCACCGCGACAAGAAGUGUCGUCCGUGACGCCGCUGCAUAUCUCUGCGAUUCCGUCGCCAUCUUGGGAGCUUGGCGAACAAUCUGUUGUUCUUGCUUCGCCAAACAACAAGCCAGGAGGGCGACCUGCUGUUGUUUCUUAUUCAUCCAUGGGGCCAGGAGGGCCAUCUGCUGCUACCUCGCCUUUCAAGGGGUCAGGCGAGCCUCUCUCUUCGCUGCUGCAUGGCGGGCCGCCGCUUUCUUCAUCAACUGCCAUAGCAACUCCAGGAGGUUGCUCGCCAGCUUCACGUGCGUCUUCUCCAUCGAUGCAUGCACACGUCUCAGGAGGAGUCGGGUUGCAUGGCGUCGUUCAGGCUCCAGGUGAAGGUGCUCCUUCUCCGUCGCUGCACACACACGUCUCAAGAGGAGAUGGGCUGCAUGGCGGGGCUGUUCCAGCUUCGCUGGAGGACAUCGUCGCAUACGGAGGUAUCCCGGAUCCUGCUGGCUCUGGUCUUCGUUCGAGCCUUCGCAUUAAGGCGCAGCCAAAUGCUGACAUGCCUCAACUGGAGCGAGCUAUGCACCUCACCGAGCGACGUCAAUCUUCGGCUACUCCAGGUUAUCCACAGGGCUGCUUCAUCAAUUCACAUGUGGUCCUACCUUCUUCCCACGGAGCAGCGGGAACCUUUGGAUACUGGAUGCAAUCGGCUGAUGGCGGUUGUACGGGCUAUCUUCAGCCAUGGUGGUUGGCUGCAUACUAAACGUAUCCAUGAUGCAUAAGCGAGCCAUGUUUUUCUUAUUUCGUUGGCUGAUCUUUAUAUCAACCCUUGGUGAUCCAUGAGUUGUAAACCUUGAUAUUUGAUACUCGUGUUGCUAUUAAUAAGUGAAAAGCCGUGUGCAUCGUUUCGAUGCAGAGGCUGGGGCUAUGCUCCCAUU